UACGCUACUUACCCAAGCGUUGCAAAGACUGCUUCUAUUAAUGGUUUUGCUGACAGAAUUUAUGAUGAUCUUCCAGCAUGCGCUCAACCAUGUAUGCAUCAAGACACCAGAAUCACACCAUGUCCAUACUGGGACACUGGCUGUCUCUGUGUCAUGCCUCACUUUGGUGGACGUAUCGGAGAGUGUGUUGCCAGUGCUUGUCGUGGUCAGGAUGUUCUGGUUGCUACCAGCUUGGCUGUUUCUAUCUGUUCUAGUGCUGGUGUCUGGGAUCCAUACUGGAUUAUUCCACCCUCGGUUUCUUCAGCUCUUUCUUCUGCUGCUGCCGAAGUUGCAACUACCAGUGCCACCCCAACUGAAGAUUAA